AUGUUUAAAAUGAUUGGUAGAUUAGCUCAUAUUUCUUUUGAUUUAGUAUUAAUUUCCGGAUUUUUAGCUGGUGUAAAACGUACUACAGGAAUAACUCCAAAUUUAGAUACUAUUGAAAAUAAAGAUAUUCAAUAUUAUGCUACAAAAUAUUUGAAUUUAGGUGAAUCAGUAUUUGAUAAUACUGCAGCAUUUUUAGGUAAUUCUCAAUAUUUCACCAGGAAAUAA